AUGUCACCAACCGCCCCUUCCACGCCUUCGACGGCAACCACCCCGGCUACUGCCUCGGAUGUCCCCGUCGCGGAGGAGAAUACGAGCGACGGCUCGAAGCUUAGGACAUUCAUCUCUAUCCUACGAAAGUUCAUCGGCGUCGCCGAUCUCGCCUCUGUGCGAUUCUCACUCCCCUCCCAGCUCCUCGAACCUACCCCGAACCUCGAGUACUGGAACUAUCUCGACGCUCCCAAUGCAUUCAUUGCAAUUGGAACUGCCGAUGAUCCAGUAGAUCGCAUGCUAGAGGUGUUGCGAUUCUGGUUUACGAAAGAUCUGAAGUACGCGAAAGGAAAGCCUUGCAAACCGUACAACUCCUGUCUCGGUGAAUUCUUCCGGUGUAACUGGGAUACCGAGGACGAUGCGCCGAGGAUCAACACCAAGGCGCUCAGGGGAAAUGUCAGCGCGCCUGGUAGUGCUGCGUCGAGCAUCAAGUCAGCCAAAUUGGCGAUCCCAGAUGGUCUUGGUUCGAGCGGUUCGCGUGCGGCAUCCAACCUAUCAGUAUCGCAACCAGCAGUGAACCCAACGAAACCGAUUCGGAUCUCCUACUUGACUGAGCAGACAUCGCAUCACCCCCCAGUCAGCGCUUUCUACAUUAGCUGUCCCGAGAAAGGACUCCGCGCUCGCGGAUUUGACCAAAUAACUGCAAAGUUCACUGGAACGUCCAUCAAAGUGAUGCCGGGCGAGCACAACUUGGGCAUCUUCAUCACGGUCGAGCAACGCGACCAUGAAACAUAUCAGCUGACUCACCCUGCCGCGCACUUGGGUGGCUUCCUCCGAGGGGCCCUUAGCGUGACUGUCGGUGACAUGGCUUACAUCACUUGCCCCGAGACCAAACUCAAGGCCAUUCUCCACUACUAUGAUGAGGGCUGGCUUACCCGGUCUGUUAACAAGGUGGAGGGCAUAAUCUUCCGAUACGACCCGGAAAACGACGACAAGCAGAGAAUUAGAGACGUCCCUGACGAGGACAUUUUGGUGCGACUUGGGGGCCCGUGGAAGGAUAAAAUUGUCUUCACAAUAGGCCCGAAGCCGAUUAAUUCGCAUCCUGUGGAGGAACAGGCGACUAUAAUCGACAUUGCGCCGCUCACCGUGGCGCCUAAGGUGCUGCCACCAGUUGAGCAACAGCUUCCCAACGAAUCUCUGCGAAUGUGGGGCGAUGUCACCAAGGCUAUCUUGUCCAAGCAGUUCUCGCGCGCCACAACCGUCAAGCAGGAGCUCGAGGAGGCGCAGAGGGAGAAAGCCCGUGAGCGUGAGAACAGCGGAGAGACGUGGAAGCCAGUGUUCUUCGAACAAGUUACGGACAAGGGUGGUAAACCGGAGUUGACAGAAAAGGGCCGGGAGGUGCUCAAGCGGGCGCAAAACGGCGAGUGGGACUUGGACGGCGUGCUCCCUUGA